AUGACCCUUUUCCAACCUCCUUCCGCCGUUGAAGCUCGAAAGCAAGCUCGUGCAAAUGCUCAAUUCGGUCCUCUGAUCCACCCGAGUCAUCGAUAUACGAGUCAGCAUGUCGGUAAAGCCUUUGUGCAGCCGGUUAUGGAUGAGCCUCCUUACUACUAUCUCAUCACCACAUACAUAAGCUACUUGAUCCUGAUCAUCUUCGGUCACAUUCGAGACUUUUUCGGAAAACACUUCAACUAUCACAAAUAUCGCGACCUGCGAGUUCGUGAUGGCUACGCCCCGCUGCACAGCGACUUUGACAACUUUUAUGUCCGACGAUUGAAGAAGCGCAUCGAUCAGUGCUUUGAACGGCCCAUUACGGGUGUGCCGGGACGCUACAUUACGUUGCUGGAUCGAGAAUCGAAUAAUCACAAUGAAUCCUUUCGUCUCACCGGCACCACGACCGAAACGCUCAACAUGAGCUCGUACAACUAUUUGGGGUUUGCCCAGUCCGAAGGACCUUGCGCUGAUGCCGUCGAGGAGUCCAUUAAAAAAUAUGGUGUUUCGGUUAUCAGUACCCGCGCGGACGUGGGUACGUCGGACUUGCACAUCGAAGUCGAAGACCUGCUGGCCAAAUUUGUGGGCAAGCCGUCUGCCAUGGUCUUCUCCAUGGGAUUCGUCACCAAUGCGAGCACCUUUCCGGCCUUGGUCAGCAAAGGCUGCCUCAUCAUCUCCGAUGAGCUCAAUCAUGCCUCGAUUCGUUUUGGCGCCCGUCUGACUGGUGCCAUGAUCUCCAUGUUCAAGCAUAAUGACAUGAAGGAAUUGGAGAAGCGUCUGCGUGAGGCGAUCUCGCAGGGCCAGCCUCGCACUCACCGCCCCUGGAAGAAGAUUCUGGUGGCGGUGGAAGGUCUGUAUUCCAUGGAGGGUACCAUGUGUGACCUUCCCGGCCUGGUCGCUUUGAAAAAGAAGUACAAGUUUAAUCUCUUUGUGGAUGAAGCCCACUCGAUUGGUGCUCUUGGGCCGAGAGGUCGGGGCGUCUGCGACUAUUUUGGCAUUGAUCCCGCAGAGGUCGACAUUCUGAUGGGCACCCUGACCAAGUCGUUUGGAGCCAAUGGUGGCUAUAUUGCUGCCGAUAAAGCCGUCGUCGACAAGCUUCGAAUUACCAAUGCGGCCGCCGUCUUUGCCGAAGCUCCCGCUCCCCCGGUGCUCAUGCAGAUCCUUACCUCGUUGAAACUCAUCUCUGGCGACAUCCUGCCCGGUCAAGGAGAGGAGCGCUUGCAGCGAUUGGCCUUCAAUUCACGAUAUCUCCGACUCGGUCUCAAGCGGCUUGGGUACAUUGUCUACGGUCACGACGAUUCCCCAAUCAUUCCUGUCAUGCUCUACAAUCCCGGAAAGAUGUCUGCGUUUUCCCUAGAAAUGCUGAAGAGAAAGAUUGCCGUCGUCAUCGUCGGAUAUCCGGCUACUCCACUUGUUUCAUCUCGAGCCAGGUUGUGUGUCUCCGCUGCACAUAACAAGGAGGAUCUGGACAGAGUCCUUGCAGCCUGUAACGAGAUUGGAUCGAUAUUGCAAUUGAAGUUCUCUAGCGGGAAAGCCGGCGGUCUCGAAACAGCCUUGGAAUACCCACCACCCGAGGAGGACAAGAAAUUGGUCAACUCCAAGCAUGACAGUCUUGCUGCGCUAGAAGCGCUUAUCAAACCCCCGCGGUGGCGUAUGGAAGACAUCUUGGCGAGAGGCGUUGAGGACACCAAAAUGCCGUUGUAUUAA